GUAAAGGAACAUUCAUCACACACGGAUUAGUCGGAGAUUGAUAAUGGGAAUACUUAGAUAUACUGCACGUUUCUAUUGUAAAGACAUUUUUGCAGAAGAGAAGUGAUGGCGGGUGUGUUUCAACGAUGGAAGAACCUGCUGUUGCUGUUGCUGCUGCUGAAUCAGACUCUGGACGUCCACACAGCGCUGUUUUUUCCUACCACGGCAUUUUACAUAAUGUCUGGCCCCAACUUCAUCAGCGAAGGUGACGGACCCUUAGAAGUCACAGUCUCACGAUUCGCACCUUCACUAGCUCAGCCUGCGACGAUUUAUUACACAAUCGAAACAACCGUGCCUGCUAGUAGCAACAUUGUCGAGACAUCGGUGGCGACCGGAGGCAACAUCUCGGCAGUCUUCCCGCCUUUCAUCUCAGCCAUCACCAUAAGCGUACCUAUCAGUGACGACUCGAUUUUCGAGGGCACGGAAUCUUUUCACAUCAGGAUCUUGACUACCAGUACCGGAAGCCCUGGGCCUGAAGACACCUUCACGUUUACCAUUAUCGACGAUGAUGGAAGAAUCACGGAGUGGACAGAGUGGGUGCAGGGGGACUGUACAGGGGCGUGUGGGAUGCAGGAGAGGGUGGACACAAGGACAAGGAUGUGUGACACGGAACAUCAGGAUGAUAUCCGGAUGUGUUUGCCAUUCGUCGCCAGUGAAAACAGAACAGUGAACUGUAUCUCACCUAUGUGUACAACCACAACGGCAACCACAUCAACCACAACACCUCCAACAACUACUACAACAACACCCACAACAUCCACAACCACAACGACACCCCCAACGUCCACAACGACAGAGAUACCAGCAACAACCACAACAACACCCCCGACAACCACAACAACGCCUCCAACAACAACCACAGAGACCGCACCAACAACAACCUCCAACAACAACCACCGAUGCCAACAACAACCAACAACAACCACCAGAUACCAACAACCACAACAACACCCCGACAACCACCACAACACCUCCAACAACCACCACAGAGAUGCCAACCUCCAACAACAACAACAACCGACAACCACCAGUGGUCCAGCUGGUCAGCUCUCGGACCUUGCUCCACUACAUGUGGCCUUGGCUGCGUCUCCCGUGAAAGGUCAAGGCCAUGUCCAAGUAAUGACCCUACGUGCAAUGAAGAGCAAGUUCAAACAGAGUCAAUGGAAUGCAAUGUUGGAAUUUGUCCAGAAUGGGGAGACUGGCAUGAAUGGCAGGAUGACGGCUGCUGCUCGGUAA